AUGGAUGAUUUUACUCUGGAAAGUCUUACUCUAGCAGAUUAUGCCUUGUUAGAAGAUUGCUCUUAUAUGGAGGAUUCGAAAUCUGCUCCUGGAUCUAUAACCCAUAAUUGUGUUCAUUUGACUCAAGUUUACAGUAAUGGGGUGGGUAUGUACUGUAAAGAUUAUACCCAAAGUGAGAGAAACUUAGAACUUGAUAUCUGCCGUAUAUGGUGUAGGAAGCCAGUUUCUGUCCUGAAAGAAUACUGCGAUGUCAUUAAAGUAUAUGUCUUCUGGCCACUUCUGUUUCAACGUCAGCAUGGUUCUUUAUUGGCACGAUUGCAUCCCUGUGUGGACUCCAAUAAUUCUCAUGCUUGUGAGUUAAGUUUGGAGAAAUUACAACAUAUUGAGUUGAUGGAAGAUAUUGUGGAUUUGGCAAAGAAAGUUGUGAAUGAUUCAUUCUUGAUUGGAAAUUUACUGAGAAUUGGUUACAAAAUAGAAAAUAAAAUCUUGGCAGUUGAAGAGGCUGUGAAUUGGAUAAAAUUUGUAGGCGAUUUAACACUUCUGUCUAAGUUGGGAUCACUUGAAAAUUGUUGGCCUAUGUUAAGUAUUUUCUUUACUGAAUACAAGUACCACAUAACCAAAGUUGUAACAGAAAAUUACAAUUUGCUUGAGGAAUUUAAAACUCCAGAUUGUGCAGGAUGUACAGAGCAAGGAGAAAUAAUGAAAAUAAAAGGAAAUGAAGAGUUUUCCAAAGAAAGAUUUGAUCUUGCUAUUAUCUAUUACACUAGAGCCAUUGAAUAUAGACCUGAGAAUCAUCUUCUUUAUGGAAAUCGAGCUCUUUGUUUUCUUCGUACUGGACAGUUGAGAAGCGCGCUUGGUGAUGGAAAGAGAGCCACUAUUCUGAAGAGCACUUGGCCAAAGGGUCAUUAUCGUUAUUGUGAUGCUCUUUCUUUGCUGGGGGAAUAUGACUGGGCUCUGAAAGCAAACAUAAAAGCUCAAGAACUCUGUAAAAAUGACCCUGAAGGAUUGAAGGACCUAAUUCAGCAGCAUAUAAAGUUCCAAAAACAAAUAGACGGCCUACAAGGUAUUUCACCUAGUAUUAGAAUGGUUAUUCCUUUCUCCUCCUCUAGGGACUAUAUACCUUUAUCAGUACCUUCAUUUAGUACUUCACUUAACUUUGUGGAUACUGAAAAAGAUUCUACAAACACUGCACACAAAAUGACAAGUUGUAGAAGGAAGAAAAGGUUUUACUAUCAUAGGCAGCAGGCAAAUGGGGCUUUGAAGGGAAAUGAUCUUGACUACGACGAUGAGGAGUUUUAUGAAUAUCAACUACCAUUGAGUUUGUGGUUUUCCUGUACAGAUUUCAGGAACAAAUACUUUUGUAUUCACAGUUCUAGUUCACAAGUGACCUUGCAGAAACAGUUUUCUAAAUCUACCAGAGCUGCACAGCAGGAUUUUGUUACUUUAAUGAAAAUGCUGAGAGGCCUAAUCCAAGAUGGUUAUACAGCCUUAUUGGACCAACGGUGUCAUUGUGCUGUACAGGCCUUUUCACACUUGCUAAAAGGUUUAGAUCCUCAAAAAAAUAAGCAAUUGAAUCUGGCCAUGGUCAGCUAUGACCUAGUGGUCUACAGGCUUGGCCUCUCUCUCCUUGGAAUAGGGAGGUUUCAAGAAUUAUCUGAAGCUGAACACCAGUUUAGACAGAUCCUUGCACUGUACGCUAAUGAGGGACUUGAUAGUUCGGCCUACUGUGGAAUUGAAACUGUGUAUUUGAAAAAAAACAGAUUUUCAGAAGCUCUUACACACUUUCAGACAGCAAGAGAUGUAAUUAGCCGACUUCCUAGAGUGUUAACUUGGCCCACAAGUAAUGUGAUUAUUGAAGAGACUCAGCCAGCAAAAAUGAGGACGGUAUUGGAAUCAUUUAUUGAAGAGUGCAAGCUCCCUCCAGUACCACAAGGCAUUUGCUCCUCUUACAAAAACUGUGCAUCUCUCAAAAUCCAGAUAUAUGUAUCUGAUCCAGACUUUAAGGGCUUUAUACGAAUCCUCUGUAACCAGAUCUGUAAAAUUGAAUUUCAUGUUAACUGUUGGAAGAAACUGAAAGCAAUAUCCUACAAUGAUAAACAUGACAAGGACUUUCUAAAUACAGCUUGUCUUACCCCUGACUGCCAAGGUAUCAUUUGUAAGAUUACUGUCUUCAACUGUAAAGGUGGUGUUAAAUGUGAAUUUGAACACAAGGUCAUAAAAGAAAAGUUUCCUCCAAGACCUAUUCUGAAACAGAAAUGUUCUAGCCUAGAGAAGCUAAAAGAGAAAGAAGAGAAAAAAGUGAAGAGAAAAACCCAAAAAGAAGAGGCAAUAAGAUUAGCAAAACAAAGACUGGAAGAGGACUUAAGAGAAAGUAAUCCACCCCAAAAUGAAAAGAAAAAAGGACCUGAAGGAAAUGCCCAGGCUUGCCAGUUCCUUAAUGACAGAAUUCUACAAUGCAUAAAGCAGUACUCUGAGAAGAUCAAGUCUGGUAUACUCAAUACUUCCUCGAUGAUGAAGGAACUGCUUUCUUGGAAGGUUUUAAGCGUGGAUGACUACAUAACAUAUUUUUCUAGCAGAAAUUUUCUCAGUGAAGCAGUGGACUUUGUCAUUCAUUACUUGGUUGAAGAAAAAAAUAGAGUGAAGACAAGAAUAUUUCUUCAUGUUUUGAGUGAGCUUAAGGAUAUAGAACCCACUGUAGCCACCUGGAUUGAGAAACUCAAUAGCUUUGGCUUGAAUGCUGCAGGACCUUUUCUUUCUCGUCAUGAGGCAUCUCUUAAGGACCUUGAUUUUACUGUCAUAAGUUAUCUCUGGAAUGAGAAAUAUGGUCAGAAACUAGCCUCUAUAAAAGGAAAGACACUUGAAUAUUUCUGUGAGCCAACAUCUUCGAAGGAAGCUCGUUGCUUAAUAUGGCUUCUAGAAGACCACAGAGAGAAGUUUCCAGCAUUGCAUAGUGCUUUAGAUGAAUUCUUUGAUAUUUUAGACAGCAGCUGCACUGUGCUAAGGAAACAUGACAACGAUGACUCACAGUACAUUACUACAAAGGUGAAAAAUAAAGGAAAGAAAAAGAAGCCAAAAGAUCCAAAGCCUAUGUUAGUUGGGUCUGGAACACAUUCAAUAAUAAUACCAAGUGUUAAAAGUGAGGCUGUCACUUCAGGCAAUAAGAAUAACAGAGGCAGUUCAAGUUCCUCAGGCCCAUUUGCUGUGCCUGAGCAUCUUCGGAAAGACAUAGAAGAGUUUGAAGCUUACUACUAUAAAAAAGAGCAACUGCAAAAUAAAGAAGAUGUCCAGAAUAAGAAGACGAGCGAAACAAACCCAAAGCAAAAAUCUUCAACUCUAUAUGAUUACUUCUCUGAGUUUUUGGAAAACAAUGGCCCCUUGGACAUAAAAGACAGGGUAUUCUCCAAUGAAUAUCGAUUUUUCCCAGAAGAGACUCGACAGAUAGUACAAAAAGCAGGAGGUUUGAAACAGUUUCUGCUGAAAUGUCCUCGUUUCGUUGUGAUCGACAACUGUAUUGCACUGAGGAAAGUUUCAUCACGGAUCAAGAAAAAGGGAAAGAAGAAAACUGUUCAGGAAGAUGUGGAUGAACUUUCAGUCAUAGAAGAUGAUCUAUAUUUACCAUUUUUUCUGAACCCCGAUGCUGGGGAAAUUACACCAGCGUCAGAUUCAUCUUCAGCACCAGCUUCUGAGGAUGUGACGCCCGAAACAGCAUCUGCUAAUUCCCCCGACCCAGCUUGCAAAGAUGCGGAGACCAAAUUGGUAUCUGAAGAUAUUUCCAGACCAGUUUCUGAAGAUGGGGAGCCCAAACAGAUCUCUUCUGAUCCUCCCCAACCAGUCUCUGAGAAUGCAGAUCACAUCCUAGUCUCCUCUCAUGCUCCCAAACCACUGUCUGAGGAUGUGAAAUUAGCCUACUGGCCUCAGCUCCGUUUGGUCCCAGGCUACUGCACGUAUCUUCCUUUCCAGGGGUAUGACAUCACACAGACACCACCAGCGUACAUAAAUGUGCUGUCAAGUUUGCCCCAGUAUGCUGGCAUAUAUACACCUUUGGCCAACAUUUCUCAGUGUCAGCUGCAAAGAGCUGCUCCAGUGGUGCCAUCUUUUGUAACCCAUCAUAGUCCAGAUCCCAGAGCAGCUGCUUAUUUUGAGGGUCAUCGCAUGAAUGCUGAGAAUGCCUCUGGUAGCCAGAAUGCCUUCAAAACACAAAUCCUUGAGGGCUGUCUGGGAACAUCAGUGAAGUCAGACUGCAGCUUAGGUAAUGGUGACAUAGCGCUCAAUGAAUCUGGCAGAAAUGGUGGUCACGGUGGAAAGUCUGCCACUAAGGAGGAAGGAAAUAGAAUCAGGACCAGGGCAGUCACAGCUCGUCCACCUACCCAAAUGGCUGCCGUGCAGGUGACCUGGAACGUAGUACACCAGGAGGUCAAUACUGAGCCUUAUGAGCCUUUUGAGGCAAUCCCAGGAGAUAUUUCAAGGAUUGAAAAGGAAUAUAAAGAACUACGACAGCAGCUGGAGAAUGCCUAUGAAAAUUAUGAACAGACAAGAUUUAAGGGCUUAACAGAGAUCAGAAGCCUGGAAGAAAAGUUGAAAAGAAACUCAGAACAAAGCAAGAUCUCACAAAUGGAAUUAGAGUGGUUCGUGCAGGAUUUUGAAAAAGAAACUAAAAAAUGGCAACAGGAGAAAAAGGAAACCCAAGAAAGACUAAAAGCACUGAAGAAGAAAGUCAAAAGGCUUUAUGCCAAUGAAACGUGUACCCAGAAAAAUGAUGAAAAGGAUGAGGAACAUGGAUUACAUCUGGAUGAGUCCCUUGAAAUCAGAAAUGCAUUUGCAAAUGAGAAAGCAAAACUAGAAGAAAGCAUCAGAAAAGGACAAGAGAAUUAUGAAGAGGUCCGUGAAAGAUUCAUAGAUGCAGAGGUAUCUAUACUUAUAUGCUGGAAGGAGAUUCACGAGUGGAAAUUACAGGUCAUGAAAGCACAAGGAGAAGGCUAUGUUACGUGCCUAAGAGAUAGGCGCAGUGAGUUUGAACCAUCUAUAGUGGAAGCUGUCUUACAUGAAUGGGAAUUACAUUUCUCUUGGAUUGAAGAAGAACUUGACACUGUAGAUUCCCGGUUGGAAGAAAAACUUGAAGAGGCUAAAAGUGGUUCUCCGGUCAUUGAAAUUAACAGAAUGCUUUCCCUUCCAGCCUUUGACAAGUACCGACCUGAGUCCUCAGGCCCUGAUGGAAAGGAGGCAGAAGUUCACAAGGAUGCCAGUGCUUGCCCAGAGAAGGCUCCUGCAGAGCAGUCUGAAGUUGCCCGGCUGUUGGCGUGUGCUAAGAAGGCUGUCCAGGAAGCUCAGUCAAAGCAAAGACCCGUGGCUGAUCAGAAACCACCUUGUCCUCAAGGACGUGCCGCUCGGUCAAACCAGUCUGUGAAGAAGCCAUUCAAUAGUAUCAUUGAGCACCUGGCAGCAGUAUUCCCAUGCUACAACAGCUCUGAGCUUGCUGGGUUUGUUAAAAAAGUGCGAACCAAGAGCUCCCUUUUAGGGCUGAGUAUUGAUGAAACUGUCGGGAGAGUCAUAGAGCACAUCCUAGCUGAACAGAAGAAGAAGAAGUCAAAUCCAGGGGCAGAUCAGGGGACCUCCGAGCCCAGCUCUUCUGCUCCUGUGACCAAGUCCUCGUGGAACCAGCCCUCAGCGCCUCCUGGAACAUCACCCAAAACCCACGGCCAGAAACCAGAAGAUAGGAGAAUGGUCUGUGCAUCAGGUAUAAAUUCCUGUGAAAUGUGCCAUCAGCCUUUGAAGUCAAAAAAUAAGCGUGUGCUGAAGUGUGGGCAUAAGUUUCACACAUGGUGCUUUAAACGGUGGCGGAAAGGGCAGAGCGCUUGCCCAGGUUGCUGUCAUCAUGAUGAGUGA